AUGGAAAAGAAACUUCAAGCAAAAAAUGAAGUCAUUGAAGCAAAAGACAAAAACAUACAGAAAAGAAUACCACGUUCGGUACCAAAAGGAAAGGAAAAGAACUAUAAGUAUAUGAUUUAUACUGAAGAGAUGGAAAAUGAAGAAGACAGAGAUAUGGUUAUGUUGCAUUUAGUCAGAAGAAACAACAAAAGCUUUUACGACCUUGCUAAGAUUUACAAAUCUGACAGAAAUUGGUUCUAUCGCGAAAACUUACCGAUUUCAAUGACACCAAAUGAAGAUGUGAAACAAAUAGUUCAAGAUACGUUACCUCAAACACACUAUGAUAUUAAAGGUUGUACAAUACUUACCUUCAAAGAAGACUUACCGCUACUGAAAGAAAAAAUAACAGAGUAUUUUGACAACUUCAAACAAGCAGAGUAA